AUGUUUUUCUAUGAAUUAUCAGAAAUCUUUACUAAUCUACACACUCUUACAUUUCAAUGUAUUCCAAAAUUUAUUCAAGAAUAUCCAAUAACAUUGAAUAAUUUCAUUUUAAAUCUACGAAAGGAUUUUCUUCAACUUACUCAUUUCAAAUUACGACUGACGCUCAUUGAUAAUUAUCCACAACAAACUUUACAUGCUAACACAGAAGAUUUGAAAGAAUUAAUGUUACAAAAUUCUUUGUACUAUACGGUUGAACGAGAAAGAUGGGGUCGUGUCUUAAAUAUUUGGUUAUAA